UUUUUCAUAAUGCUAAACAGCCGGAGCGUACCCCCCUGGUCCAUACUCUACUGAUGAUUUCAGCCAGUGCAGUGGCAAGACAACCAAAUGUCACACAAACAGUCAUUCGGGCCUGUUUCAGCACUCGCGCAGAGCUGAACUCUCGCGUGAAUAAUGAUUAUCUAAGCACACGGUGACAAAAACAACGGGAGAUGUCAAAAUAUAUCAACAUAGGGGCUCGGGGCUUGUAAAUUGAAAUAGAGAAGACUGUUGACGCUACCCCAGCUGCUCUGACCCGAGCUCUCUGACGGAACCACCGGGCAAUCCUAGUGGCUUCAUUGAUCCCCAAAUAUCAGAUCUAAUCCUGAAGUGAAUACUGCUGCAAAGAGGAGCAGAAAUUUAUGUUAAAAAAAUAAUAUAGGUAAUUGUCUGCAUACAAGAUGUCAUUGGCUAGCCUUGCUGCCUAUGCCAGCAGUGAUGAAAGUGAGUCUGAACCAGAAGAGGCUGGCAAUGUGAACAGCAAUCAGUUGAGUCAGCCAGCUCCUGGUCCCACUCCAUCUUCAAGCUCUUCACAAGGUCAACUGAAGUCUGGUGUGGAUCUGAUUGAAGAUGAAGAGGAUGACUUAGUGGCCCGUGCAACAGUGACAUCUUCACUGCCACAGGUGGAAGGCAGAGAAGACAGUGUGUCUGGAAGUAUAUUCCAGGCAGAUGAUGUCGUGGAUGAUGUCCCAUUGGCUAGCAAAAUACAGGCUGAAAAACCUCCAAAGAAGAACCAACCUGUGAAAAUAUCCAUACCAUCAUUAUCACAGUUUAAGGAUGAUGAGGAGGAGGAGGAGCCUGCUGCCAAGAAAAUGAAGCCAUCACAGAAAGGGUCUGGGCUGUUCUCACUGCUGCCGCCACCCAAGGCAGCCACCACCAAGGAGUUGGGCCGCGCGCUGGUGCCCCACUCGGUGUCCCGACCGGCGGCGCCGCGGCGCGCGGCACCCGCACCCCCGCGCGUCCCGCCGCCGGCGCCGGCCGCCGCCGACUCGGACGACGAGGAGGGCGGUGGCGGCGACUUCUUCUCCCUGUCGGAGGAGGGCCCGUCGCUGCCGGCGCUGCCUGCCGGACCGGCCGCCGGACCGCUCACAUUCAGCGAGCGCGAGCAGGAGGCGGCGGCGGCGGCGCGGCGCCGGUCGCCCAGCCCGGAGCCGAUGGAGGGGGCGCCUCCGCCGGCCGCCGCCGGGUCACAGUGGCCCCAGUCGGCUGCCGCCCAGUUGGAUAUGCCCGCAGAAGCGCUGCAGCACCUGCGCGGGCGGCGCGGCCGGCGUGAGGCUCCCGAGGACAUCCAGUUCAUUGACGUCAACCAGGACGACAUCCUGCCGGACCGCGACGAGUGGAUGACGAAGCAGCUGACGGAGGAGAAGGUGGUCCGUCGGCCGCAGAAGUCGGCGGACGACCCGACGUCGCAGCAGCGUCGCAAGCAUCAGAUCACGUACCUGGCACACCAGGCCAAGGAACGCGAGGUGGAACUGAAGAACGAAUGGGCGCAGAACCGGGCGACCAAGAACGCCUAUAGGACAAAGUACGGCUUCUAGCGCCGCCUGGUGAGUGCCGCCCUGCGUCCGCGAACUGUGUUUGUGUGGGUCAUUGUUGUCGCCUGUUAUACAUCAUCAUGUCAAUGUCAUAAAUACAGACUAUUGUGAAUUAUUGA